AGUUUUUUACAAAAAUCCCAAUAAAGUUAUUCAAGAUGGAAUAUUAGCCAGUAACAUUGAGUUGGAUAUCCCUAAACGAAAAAGAGCUCGCAAAUCUGAUGGAAAACCGCACUCCUUGUCUGCAAAAUAUCAUGUAUAUAUCAGUCGACAAAAAGUACAAAUUUGUCAAAAGUUUGUAAUGGCUGUAUACAACGUUUGUCAAAGGAGACUAAACACAAUUUGCAAGAAACUCCAGGCUGGGGAGGAAAUUAUAAAAGAAAAAAGAGGAGACGAUAGACGAGCUUUUAAGUUUGUAGACAAAUUGGAUGCUGUAAAGUCGUUCAUUAGUCAAUUACAAGGAAAAGAGAGCCACUAUGGAAGACAGAAGUCUCGACGGAUCUACAUAUCUUCGGAGUACAACAUUUCUAUUCUUUGGCAGUUAUAUAACAAAAACUCACCAGAAGGUUUAAAAGUGAAUUACAAGUACUUCAGUCGGGUGUUCAGUAAAUAUUUCAAUAUUGGAUUCGGCAGUCCUGCUACUGAUGUUUGUAGCUAUUGUGUAAGAACACAAACCAAAAUAAGUAUGUCUCAAAGCUCUUCUGAAAAGCAGAAAAUAUCCACUGAACUGAAAGUACACAAAUUUCGUGCCACACAAUUCCAUAAGUUAAUGAAAACUGAAGUGCCUAAUACAGUUUCGUACUGCUUCGACUUACAGCAAGUUCAGGUAUUGCCAAAAGUACCUAUUCAAGAGGCAUUUUACGCUCAACAGCUGUCAAUAUAUUUUUUUUGCGUUACCAAACUCAAUUGUCAAGAACCAAUAUUUUACACGUGGAUGGAACACCAAGCAGGAAGGGGGGCUACUGAGACAUCAUCUGCCAUUAUUGAUUUUUUAAAAAGAACUGAAUUUCCUGAAGAUGCGACGAAGAUCCGUUUUUUUGCCGACGGCUGUGGGGGGCAAAACAAAAAUAGUCACGUCAUACAUGCUUUGAUGUUUUGGCUCCAUACGUCAGGCGAAAAAAUAAAGGAAAUAGAAAUUAUAUUUCCGAUCAGAGGUCACUCUUAUCUUCCUGCCGAUCGAAUCUUUGGACGCAUCGAAAAAAUAUUAAGGUCCCACAGUCUCAUAAAAACUCCAGACGCAUAUUGGGAAUUGUACACUAAAGUGGGCGAGGUACGAAAACUUGGGUCUGAUUGGAAUCUGCUUGAUGUAAAAAAUAUGCUGCAGUGGCUCAAAAAAGUGAAUGGCAUAAGUUCUUGCCGAAGAUUUUUUAUUAAAAAGAAUGUUUCCGCCAACAAUAUUUUAGUGAAAAGUGAAGUACUCUAUCGCACUGAUACAAACAAAUUCCAAUCUUUACUAAAACCACGCACACGAUUCGACCAGGUAGUCGUGCCAUGGCUACCUUUGGGACAUCAGAUAAAGAAAAAAAAAAUAGACAGUUUAAAAAAAUUAUUAGAAUCAUUAUCUGGAGAAAAGUGGAACAAUGAUCCAGAACUGGCAUGGUUAGUUCCAAUUUUUGAAGAACAACGUGAAGAUGGGGAAAUAGAAGCAAAUGAAGAAUGUGAAUGUAACGACAUGGAAGAGGUUAAUUUCAUUUAAAGUUUGUAAAUAAUACAAGUAAACGUUAUCGACAAUAUGUUUGUUUCAUUUCCAAAUUUAUUAUACCCAGUGAUCUGUUGGAUGGACAAUCAAAAUGCUGUUUGUCAACUAGUGACCUGCAAAUAGCAUUUUGUCCAACAGUUUUUUUGAAAUAGUAAAGCCACUUUGGCUUUUUCCAGUCUGCAAAUUUAGUAAUUUCUCAUGCUAUUUUUAAUAGAUUUUUUAAUACCAAACGCAAGUCCGUAAGUAACUCGUAUUGUACGUAGUAGUUUUUUGUCAUUCCUGAAAAUUUACAAUUUUGGACAAAACGCGUUUUGCAAGUC